AUGGUCACUAUGGGACACGCGACAACGAGCACAAUCAGUUCGCAAAAGUCUGUCACUAAGAGCGUCGGGCGUACAGUCAUGGACUCUGAAGAUGAAGAAUUUGGUGGAUUUGAUGACAUGGAUAUUGAGACGCCGACUCCCACGAAGAAGAACCUACGUGAAAAGACACCCAUACCCAGCCCUCUCAAACCUGCGAGUCAGACACAGCUUCCCAUACGGUCGCCUUCCAAACCCGCGCGAAGUCCAAGUCCGUACCAACCCCUGCAGGAUGCCAUGCCUACACCAGCAAAGUUGCAGUCCCCGAAGAAGGCCAAAUCUGUGGCUAUAGCAACGCCCGCGCAUAGUGCAUCUACAAACGGCGCCUCGGAGCUUUCCAAGGAAAGAAGGGACGCCAUUCGGAGCUCGAUGAAUACCUUUUUGGUCGCAGAGGGCCAAAGAUUACAGAAGCAUUUCAAUGCUGCGAGCUCGGCAUGGGACAAUGCUCGGGCUGCUUUCGUCGCACACUUGUCGGAGUUUGGCAAACCAGAUCCUCAGGAGCAGGAGAGGAUGGAACGCGCACGUUCACGGAAAGAGGCAGUCGAGGAUUUGAUUAGAUUAAAGUCCAAACAUGACGAUCUUGUGGCUCAGCGCCAAAGGGUCAAGCAGAAACUUGAGGAUGACCUCAACAUAGGUCAGUUUGACGCAGCAGACGGUGAAACCCUCAGCAGACUUUUCAAGAUGAUCGAGGAUGUUUUGAUCCACAUGCAUCAGUUACUGGAUUUGGCAGCCAUUAAGCCACAGGCACAGCCUGUCGUAAAAUCCGAGUUUCACAACAGUCGACACGUAGUUAUACAAUCAACGCAGACAAGUCCUGUUCGUCCACGCCAGGCUUCAAGAGAGGUAGGACCUAGUCGUGUUCCCCAGACACAAUACGCCAAGCUUAACGAGACCGCUGUCGAAGAAGUCUGGACAUCAGCUAGCGGCGUCCGUUUUGCAGAGGAGCAGGUAGCCGCUUCCCCGCUGCCACCACCAAACCUGGGCGUUCGCACUCGUUCCGAUGAGGGCGUAGCAGGAAAACAAAGCCUGAAGUCAAGAGAGCGGUCUCAUCGAAUACCAGAGACGCCGGAGCGCAGACGAUCUCCGAAGAAGCCGAAGCCAGUUGCCCCUCAAUAUGAACCGGAUGACUUCGGAGAGUUGGAUUUUGAGGAAGACGAGAGUUUUUUUACUACUAACAUGGGCGAGCUGCACCAACCCAUCGAGAUAAACGACGAUGAAGAAUGUGGAGACGAAUAUGGAGAUGAUGAUGACGAGGAGUUCCUCCAUGAGAUCAGCAACAUCGAGAACCAUGCGCCGGGUGCCUUUGACUGGAGGGGUGAACGGGCGGACACCAGUGUUCCGAUUUCUACCCGUGAGGUAUUCCGCGAGACGUCGAUAAAUAAGCUCCAGCCAAAGCAAAAUCAGGCCCCAUCACCGAAGAAGGCGCAGCUGAACAUGCCCGCCAAGAACCACCCUGGCAUGAACUUCCCCUGGUCCCAAGAUCUGAGAACCGCCCUUCUUCACCGUUUCGGUCUCCGAGGGUUUCGACCAGGACAAUUAGAAGCCAUCAACACCACGCUAUCCGGAGACCACUGCUUUGUGCUAAUGCCCACUGGGGGUGGUAAAUCACUCUGCUACCAGCUGCCUUCGGUGAUUGCUUCAGGCAAGACGCGAGGCGUGACCAUCGUAGUGUCUCCCCUUUUGAGUUUGAUGGAGGACCAGGUGGAUGCUUGUAGAAAUCGUUUUGGGAUGCAGGCGUUCCUAAUCAAUGGUGAAUCGACCGCAGCUCAGAAGAACAUGAUCAUGGACGCACUCCGCCAGCGGGAUCCCCAGCAGUUCAUCCAAAUUCUCUACGUAACGCCUGAGAUGCUCAGCAAGAACCAGAGAAUGAUCAGUGCCUUUCAGCAGUUGCACUCGGGAGGAAACCUUGCCAGGAUCGUCAUUGAUGAAGCCCAUUGUGUCAGCCAGUGGGGCCAUGACUUCCGACCAGACUACAAGGCACUUGGAGAUGUUGUCCGCCAAUUUCCUGGAGUACCUGUCAUUGCGUUGACCGCAACUGCGACCCAGCUUGUCCGUACCGACGUAGUAGCCAAUCUCGGUAUUCAAGGUUGCCGCCAGUACUCUCAAAGCUUCAACCGUCCCAACCUGUCCUAUGAGGUGCUACCGAAAGGCAGAGGCGUCAUCGACAGCAUUGCAGACCUCAUUAAAGAGAAAUAUACUGGGAAAUCCGGCAUCAUCUAUUGCUUAUCACGGAAGACUUGCGAGCAAGUGGCGCAGAAGUUGUCAGAGACGGGUAUCCGUGCCUAUCAUUAUCACGCAGGGAUGGACUCUGCGGAUCGGUCUGACGUCCAACGCAAGUGGCAAAAGAAUGAGUACCACGUUAUUGUGGCUACAAUCGCCUUUGGCAUGGGCAUCGACAAAGCCGACGUGCGAUAUGUCAUUCACCACUCGCUCCCGAAGAGUUUGGAAGGCUACUAUCAAGAAACUGGACGAGCUGGCCGUGAUGGCAAGCGCUCUGAGUGCUACUUGUACUAUUUAUAUGCCGACUCGAGAAUCUUACGCAAGAUGAUUGAUGAAGGUGAAGGCAGCAGAGAACAAAAGCAACGACUGAACGACAUGCUACGAACUGUGGUACAAUACUGCGAAAACAAGGCUGAUUGUCGACGCGCUCAAGUGCUCGGAUACUUUAGUGAAGCAUUCGAUGCCUCCAAGUGCAACAACACCUGCGACAACUGCCGCUCCGAUACCACAUUCGUCACGAAAGAUCUGACAGAUUACGCUUCUAUGGCCAUAAAGCUUGUGAGUCGGGUACACGAAGACAAUGUCACUAUGCAUCAGUGCGUGGAUGCUUUCCGUGGUGCUGGCGGUGCCAAAAUCAAGAGCUCCGGACUCGAAGAGUAUGGAUGGGGUUACGGCAAGGACCUAGAACGAGGUGACAAUGAGCGCAUCUUCCAGUAUCUACUUGAUGCAGGGGCUUUCAAGGAAAAAAGCAAGGUAAACAAGGUUGGAUUCGCGACCAACUACCUACAUCCUGCCUCGACACGAAAUGACUAUGAGACUAAGAAAAAGCAAUUGAUGUUGCAAGUUCGCUCUUCACCUCGGAAAGCUCGUGCCAAAGCACCCGUUGUUAAGAAGACGAAGAAGCAACGUACGCAGUUCCCAUCGACCAAUGUCCCCUCUCCUGUGCGGGGGUCAAAGCGGAAGAUCCGAUCAUUCGCUCUCAAUGAUGACGAGGACGCAUUUGACGUUCCUCGGCACCCGACCCGUAAGAAGACCACACGUGGUUACGAAACCGACGACUUUGUCGUUGAUGAUGCUGGGGACGACGGCUUCGCGCCCAUACGCGUUGCUAAGCCAUCGAGAGCAACGAAGGCGAAGGGACUCGGGACACCCAUUACUUCAGACCAACGGACUGCAGAGCUCACCGAAUUCCAGCACGAUGUAUUACAUGAUUUCACGACUGGUGCUAAGCAAUUGAGACAGACCAUCCAACAGAAGAAAGGUCAUCGCGAGGCGAUCUUCACGGACACUGUACUUCGAGAGAUGGGACUUGACUUACCACGUAAUCUGGAUGAGAUGAAGACCAUUCCAGGUAUCAGGCCCGAGAUGGUUGAUCUCUACGGCACGCAAUUCUUGGCUCUGAUCAACAACACUAGGAGCUUUUACGGGGACGGGGUACCAAUUCCGAGAAACCCGCUUCUUCGAAAUCGUCAAGCUCAACGGCGGGUCGUUCAUGAAAUCGUCGAUGAUGAUGAUGACGAAGAGGUUGAUGAUCAGAAUCAUCGGCUCGUUGUGGAUCUAUGCAGCGAAGAAGAAGACGAGGUUGUGCCACCUGCAGAGGAGUUUGAAGAAGAAUCUGAUUAUGGCGAGAUUGAUGAAGAUGAUGACGAUGAUGGUGUGGUACGGACAAGCCAUCACUUUAGCCAAUUUCAGAACCCCGAUGUCGCCGACUUCAAUAGUCGAUAUACUCAGCUCGGUGGCGGUGCAGCCCCGUCCACCAAAACAGCAAAAGCACCAGCAGCGAGAGGUGGCUCUAAAGCAUCAGGGUCGGGAUACAGGAAGAAAGGUCCUUCUCGCAAGCGAGCAUCUGGCAGCUUUGGCAAGAGUUUCGGAGGAGUUAAGAAGCGCGCACCAAAAGAAAGUGGUAGCAGAGCAUCGGGAGGAGCUUCCGCUGCGACCAAGAAACCUCCCGCGGGGGGUAGUAAAGGUGGUGGUGGUGGUGGAUGGAUCAUGGCAAUGCCCACCUAAGUUACAUAGCCUUCAUCUCGGUACAGUGUAGAUCACUACACCCUGCUGCGUUUGUGGAACAUUCUUUCUUUUGGCGUUUAGGAUGAGAUGCAUAGUUUAUCUUACCAAACAUGUGUAAAGUCACGAUAUGGGAGGGGGGUAUUUGUUGGUCUAACAAUAGGCUGCUCAGGAGUCAUAUUGCUACUAGAUGGCGCUAUUCAGGCAUAUAUUUGUUGAACAGUUUUUGUUAUCGACCUCUAAUAGAUUGUUGCCAGCAUUAUUCGAAACAAUUGUCUUUUGAAUUGCUGGGAUUUUCCCGAAACGCCUCUCUCUCAGACAUUGCUAGUACCGAUGUCGGGCUUCGGCCCGACUACAUCUACCUACGUAUGACGUACAUACCGGUACAAGCUGAUCGCUGUCGACGCAUGCAAUGUCAAUCUUUAGUCAGCGUUUUCGACCAAUGGAACUUCUAAACCUUAUAAAGGCUUAUA